AUGGACCUAGUGUUAAAAUUUCUGUGUCUGGCUUUGGUGGAAAGCAAGAUAAAGCAUGUCUUCGAAAGAGAAUAUCCUGCACACUGGCACCUGUGGACAGGCCCUAGGUGUUCACGAGAGUUUGAAGCACUCACCACUGCAGAGAUAUGUCAUCCAGCUGAUGCGGUCGAGGUUAAUCCAGCAAAUUGGGUGCACUUGAAAGAUGUAAACUUUCCAGAAGAAUUUCCCAGAGAGCAAAAGCCAAUUGAUGUUCUCAUUGGUUUAGAUUUUUACUAUUCAUUUGUCACAAGGGACAUUGUGAAAGCCGAUCUAUCUGAACCGGUUGCUGUUCGUACCACUUUGGGUUGGGUCUUGUGUGGGCCAACAGGUACUGCUAGCAGUGAGUCUACUGUCUCAAUGAACGUCCAAGUUAAUACAAAUGAUCAACUGAAUGAAACGUUACAAUCAUUUUGGAAUUUAGAGUCUAUCGGAAUUAAGUCUGAUGAUAUGCCAUUGUUAAAUAAAACUGAAGAAACUGUUUUGAACAAUUUUAAGGAAUCGUUGACCUUUAAGGACGGACGUUAUGAAGUUUCCAUACCUUGGAAAGAAAACCAAGUGACAUUGAAGAGCAAUUGUAUUCAAGCAGAAAGAAAGCUGCAUAGUUUGGAGAAAAGGCUUCUUGAAGACCCAUUGAAAGCGAAGAUUUACCAAGACACCAUUAACAAAUAUGUGGAGGAUGGUAUUGCAGAAGAAGUACCAGCCAAUGAAAUCAAGCCAGUUGAUAAUCGACCAGUAUUUUAUCUCCCACAUCAUGCUGUUAUUCGGGAGGACAGACAGAAAACUAAAACUAGAGUUGUAUUUGAUGCGUCUGCCAAAGAUAGUGAAGGAACAUCACUGAACAGUUGUAUCGAAGCUGGUCCAGCUUUACAACCAGAUCUAUGUGGUAUUCUUUUGCGUUUCCGAAAGAAGAAGAUCGCUGUUACAAGUGAUAUUGAGAAAAUGUUUUUGCAGAUCAGUUUAAGAGAACAAGAUCGAGAUUCUCAUCGGUAUUUGUGGCGAGACCUUGAUUUUGAAGCAUCUCCCAAAGUUUACAGAAUGACUAGAGUGACUUUUGGGGUUAUUGCCAGUCCAUUUUUGGCAAUAUGUACUACCGAAGAGCAUGUACAGAGAAAUAAAGAACUGUAUCCUGAAGUGUGUGAUGAAAUUCUUAAGAAUACAUAUGUUGAUGAUUUUGCCUUUUGUCGAGACGAAGUUAAUGAAGCGAGAGAGCUGCAACAAAGUGCGAAGGAGUUGAUGGCGCAGGCGGCAUUUAACUUAACCAAGUGGUCAAGUAAUUCUCGAGAGCUUUUAGAAGUUAUACCUGAAGAAGAUAGAGCACCUAACAGUCUCAUCAACCUGAACCAAAGUUUUCCAGAGAAUUGUUCAAUUACGAAAGCUCUUGGUCUGAAAUGGGACACAAACAAAGAUACUUUGACAUAUAUAAUUGAAAUUGGUCAACCACAGAUUGAGACAUACACAAAGAGACAGGUGGCUUCGUGCGCUGCUAAAGUUUUUGAUCCAAUUGGAUUAAUCACACCAUUCACUGUGAGAUCAAAGAUGUUGUUACAAAGUCUGUGGACCCAAGGCAUUGGAUGGGAUGACGAAAUACCUACUGAAACCUGCAGAAAAUGGACACAAUGGCUGAAGGAGAUCAACGAUCUUGAAAACCUUGCCAUUCCACGGUGUUAUGUAGAGUUGCCCAUGAAUCGCUAUUCUCGAUUGGAACUUCAUGCAUUUGGUGAUGCAUCGGAGCUUGCAUAUGCAUCUGCAGUCUAUCUACGAGCUUUGUCUGUUGAGGGACAUGUUUCAACCAGUCUAGUUAUGUCUAAAACCCGAAUAGCACCCGUUAAAAUAGUUACCCUGCCGAGAUUGGAACUGAUGGCUGCAGUUAUUACUGCUCGACUGUGCACUUAUGUUCGCAAUGCGUUGGACUGCCAAAUUGAUCGUAUUGUCUGUUGGACUGAUAACUCGUCCACUCUUCACUGGAUACGUGGUUCACCUUCACAAUGGAAACCAUUUGUUGCCAAUCGCGUUAUGGAAAUUCAAUCGCUGUUAGAUCCAUCGGUCUGGAGAUACUGCCCUGGACCACAGAACCCGGCUGAUGUACCCACUAGAGGAAUGUCUUCGAAUGAAUUGAAAGAAAGUCGGUUAUGGUGGGAAGGACCUGCCUGGUUGAGAAGUUCUGAAGAAGAAUGGCCAAAGGAUCUACGAUCGGCAUCUUUAAAUGAAUAUGUUGAGAUUGAGAGAAAGCAUCACGCCAGUAUCAAUAGUUAUGUCAUACAACCACAAGAGAUAUUUAUUGACUUUACCAGAUUCAGCAAGUACAAUAAGUUAUUGAGAACCAUAGCAUGGAUAAAGAGAUUUAUCUACAAUGCUCAAGUUAAGCAGGACGAAAGAAGACAAAAUGUCUUAACUGGAUUAGAAAUCCAAGAGUCAGAACGUUGGUUGGUCAAUCGAAUCCAAAUAGAACGGUUUUCAGAGGAAAUUUCGUUGAUUCGACAAAGUAAAGUAUUGAACGAUAGUAAAUUAAGAAACUUGAAUCCUUUCUUGUGUCAGUCUACCGGUUUGCUUCGUGUUGGCGGCCGAAUCCACAAAGCUGAGUUGCCCGAGGAGGAGAAACAUCCCAUUAUUUUACCUAGUGAUGAUCCUGCUGUAGAAUUAUUUGUUCAAGCUAUUCACCGUCGUGAAAUGCAUGCUGGCAUUGAGCAUACAUUGUCAGUGGUCCGUCAAAGAUUUUGGUUGAUAAAAGGAAGAGCUACGAUCCGCAAAAUCGUAAAGAGAUGUAUAGUGUGUCGUCAGUUUUACACCAAGCCUGUCUCUCAACAAAUGGCAACUCUUCCAGCUGACCGAAUUGUACCUGCACCUCCAUUCACAAACGUUGGUUUGGACUUUGCUGGACUUUUGUAUCUUAAGAACCGUGGUGAAAAGGCAUAUAUUUGCCUUUUUACUUGUGCUGUCACUCGUGCAGUACACUUAGAAUUGGUAAGCAACAUGACAACUGAACGGGUUUUGCUGGCGUUACGACGUAUGGUUGCAAGAAGAGGCAUGUGUAGUAUUAUUUGGUCAGAUAAUGCAAAAACGUUCAAAUGUGCUAAAAAAGAGUUACAGAGUUGUUGGCGAAUCCUGGAAUCCGAAGAAACCCGUACAGCUUUGUCUGAGAAGAAGAUUCAAUGGAAAUUCAUAGUACCCAGAGCCCCUUGGUGGGGUGGAUUUUAUGAACGUCUCGUGAAAAGUGUUAAGUUGCCGCUGAAGAAAAUCUUUGGAAAUGCAAUGUUAGACGCCAAGCAAAUGACCACCAUUCUGACGGAGAUCGAGGCUCAAAUUAACAGUCGUCCUCUUACUUACAUUGGAGCUGAACCAACUGAUUUAAAGGCCCUUACGCCAGCCCAGAUUCUCAUUGGAAGAAAUUUACAGGCGUUUAAUAAUAAUAAUAAUAGCUUUAAUUUGAGCAAAUCGUAG